AUGGCUGACGGAGGAGGUACCUCGAAUAAUGUCUACAUUCGUUCCGACGAAUUUGCAUGGAUUCCAGCUCGUUUGGUUUCCCAAGACAAGGAUACAGCCAAGGUAGCCAUUCCACAAUAUGAAGCUGAGGAAUUCAUCAUGAGUGAUGGAGGAAAAGGAGCUGUUGGUUUCAAGUCUGCUGUAGUUAAGCUCAAGGAUUACCCAAACCACACUCUUCCUCUGCAAAAUACUGGAAAGGAUGGGGCCCUCUUGGAAGUUGAUGAUAUGGUUGACUUGCCUUAUUUGCAUGAGGCUGCAAUUUUGUUCAACCUGAAAGCUCGCCACGUUAAAGCUCUUCCAUACUCUCGUGUGUCUGAUAUUGUGAUUGCUGUCAAUCCAUACCAAUGGUUGACGGAAUUGUAUGCAGACAGUGUUCGUAUGCACUACGCCAAAAAGAUUGUGUGGGAGAAGUCAGACCGUGAUCCCAGAAUCGGACUUCCUCCUCACAUCUACGAGGUGUCUUCGCUAUGUUACAAGGGUUUGGCGUUGAAUAAGGAGAACCAAUCCAUUCUUGUUUCUGGUGAAUCUGGAGCUGGAAAGACUGAAACCGUGAAGAUUUGCAUGAACCACAUUGCCACGGUGCAACAAGAUCCAAACAACAAGAGUGAUGAGGAAUCUCUUGUUGUCAAGCGUAUUCUCGACUCCAACCCCUUGCUUGAGGCUUUUGGAAACGCCAAGACGAGACGUAACGAUAACUCUUCUCGUUUCGGUAAAUACAUCAUGCUUCAGUUCAAUCACAUUCCAGGAAAGGAUGGCAACCCCCCACGUGCUGAGAUGGCGGGUUCAAUAUCGGAGGUUUACCUCUUGGAAAAGUCUCGUGUUGUUACCAAUGAAGAUAUCGAACGUACUUACCACGCCUUCUAUCAGCUUCUUGAUUCCGCCGAUGAUGUGAAGAAGGAAAUUUGGAAGGGACUUGUUGGAAAGAACGGAGAGUCGUUCAGAUACGUUGGGCCAGCUCCUGAAGUUUUGGUCGAUAAAAUGACCGAUGCUCAAUGGUUCCCAAUGGUUAAAGAAGCUCUUGCCCUUGUUGGUAUUAAGGGUGAAUCCUUUUUGACCCUUUGGCGUUCAAUUUCCGCCUGUCUCCAAUUGGGUAACUUGGAUUUUGCCCCUGAUCCAAGUGAUGACGAAAAGACUGUGAUUACAUCGAAAACAGAAUUCACGGACUUUUGCGAAUUGGUUGGUUCUGACGAAAAGCUUAUGGAACUUGCCUUCACCGAGCGUACGAUUAAGACAAGAGGUGAAGAGUACAAGGUGCCUUUGAAACAUGAUAUUGCAAGGGAGUCUGCUGAUGCCUUUGCCAAAGAGAUUUACGCCAAGGUUUUCCUUUGGCUUGUGCGAGCAAUCAACGACGCAACAUGCGCAGAAAACAAUUACCCAGGUGGUGCCAACCUCACUUACGGCUUGAUCGGUCUUUUGGAUAUUUUCGGAUUCGAGUCUUUCCCCAUCAAUGGAUUCGAACAGAUGUGUAUCAAUUACUGUAACGAAAAGCUUCAGCAAAAGUUCACCAAGGAUAUUUUCGCAGCCGUUGUGGAAGAAUACAAGCAAGAAGGCUUGAACUUGGCAGAUAUCAAAUAUGAUGACAACUCUGAUGUUUUGGGUCUCAUCGAAGGAAAGCUCGGUCUUAUCAAACAACUGAACGAAGAGUGUGUCCGUCCUAAGGGUAACGACGGUGCGUUCGUGAGCAAAGCACUCAAAAGUAACAAGACCGUUCCUUGUUUGAUCCAAAAGAGAACUUUCGGUCCCCUCGAAUUCGGAAUUCACCACUACGCUGGUCCAGUUAUCUACCGCGCCCAGGACUUCGUUACUCGUAACACCGAUACAUUGCCAGGAGACAUCAAGAAGGCAGCCGAAGCCUGUAAGAAUGAGAUCUUGGCGAAGCAUCUGAGCAACAACUCCUCUACGAAUACGACGAGCGCCAAGGCAACUGACAAGGGGCCAAAGCGCGCAAGAAGUAACCUUAGCGCCGAUACUGUGAUGACACAGUUCAAGAACCAGCUUACUUCCUUGAUGACGGGACUUGAAACGACUAAGUCUCGAUACAUCCGUUGCGUCAAGCCAAACACAGUAAAGAGAAAGCUUGUCAUGCAACACAUCACUACACUUGAACAGCUUCGAUGUGCUGGUGUGGUCGCUGCUGUUACAAUUUCUCGUUCUGCGUUUCCAUCCAAGUUGAGUCACGAUGAGUUCAAGAACCGAUACCACAUGCUUAACGAGGCCAAGAAGAAGGGUGGGUAUGCAUCUAAGCAGGAGGAGAUUGAGCACAUCUGUGAACAGUUGUUGAAGACAUUCGAGACGACAAGAAAGGACGGUACUAUCGCCAAGGGUUUUGCAAUGGGUAAAACAAAGAUUUACUUCAAGGCUGGAUGUCUUGAAAGGCUUGAAGGUUCGUUGGCUUUGAUUUGGGAUAAGUGGGCCAUCAAAUGUCAAAAGAUUGCCCGUAUGUUCCUUGUCAAGAGAAUGAUCCUCCGCAAGAAGUACGAGAAGUUUGCUUCUGCUGUUCUUCCCAUCCAAUGUCUGUUCCGUGCUGCCAUAUCGAAGAAGAAAACCGCAACUCAGAAAAAGGACAAGAAGAGACUGAAGCGUUUGGGCAAGAAGUCGAAAAAGGCCGCAGUCCGCAUCCAAGCUCUUCUCCGCGGAGCUAUCCAACGCCCUAGAUACAAGCAAGCGUUGCUGAAGAAGAAGGAGGAAGAAGAUCUUGCAAAUCAACUCGACAAGAUGAAGGAUGAGCUCCAACAAGCUGAAGAUAAACGCAAGGCUGAGCUUGAGGAUGCUAAAUUCCAAUUCGAACAGGAAAUGGAGGAGUACAAGGAGAAGCUAGAGGAUCAAUUGCGUGCUGAAGCUCAGAAGGUCAACAAGUCUGCGCAACAACAGACUCUUAUCGAUGAGAGUGGAAAGAUUAUUGAAUACUUGCGAAAGGAGAACAUGAAGCUGCGACAACAGUGCGAGACCAUGAAGAGGGAUUACAAGUCGUUGAAGGAAAAUAACGCACGAUUGAUGGAGGCCAAUGCUUCUGCCAGCAACUCUUUCAAUCAACUGAACGAGCACGCAAAGGGAUUGAAUGCAACCAAUGCUCGUUUGAUCAAGAAUGUUGAUACAUACAAAAAACAAUUGGUCAAGAUGAAGGAAGAUCUUAAGAAUCGCCAAGCAUUUUACCUUGCAGAAGCUCAUGCUCGUGUUGCUUACCAAAAGACACUUGCGCGUAUUGUCGCCCAAGUUCAAGACAAAUCCAGAGAUGCUCAGUUGGUUGAGGAUGUUGUUAUUUGGGCCUUGGAGUGUGAAGCCGAAGCCAAGAGUGAACGUGCUGCUUUGGAGAACGCAGGUCAAGCUGCACCUCCAGGUGCGAUUGGCGGAGCCAUGCCGGCUUCAGGUGGGGCCAAAUCAGGUGGAAAGAAAAAGGCUGAUGAUUCGGACUCUGACUCGGACUCUGAUUCCGACUAA